AUGAACCAAUCAUCUACUUAUGUCAACACACUUGUUAAAGGCACUUUUGGAUAUUUGGAUCCCAAUUAUUACGCAACUGGAAAGCUGACUAAGAAAUCUGAUGUGUAUGCUUUUGGGGUGGUGUUAUUGGAAGUGUUGUGUCGGAAGCGUGCAGUGGAUAGAAGUCUUGAUGAGGAGCAAUGGGGUUUGGUAACAUGGUUUCAAGAUUCCAUCAAAGAAGGGAAUUUAAAGCAUAUAAUUGAUUUAGAUAUUAGAGGUGAAAUAUCCCCAAAAUGUUUGAAGGAAUUUAUUAGAAUUAUACAGAGGUGUUUGCACCACGAUUUAAAACAACGACCUACCAUGGCUGAGGUUUUGUUUAGUCUCGAAUCUGUACUAGCCUUACAAGAGAAAUUUGAAAAUUGGUUACAACUUGCACGCAGAACAAUAAUUGGUCGAAUUGUUGAUAUGCUUCCCUUCACCUCCAAAGGAGAAAACUCUGGUGUUUCAAAGUUAUCAAGCGGAAGCAGGGGCAACAAUAUGUUACCAAGCCCAAGUCUAAAAGUAUUUAAGUUUUCUGAUUUAGAAAAAGCUACAAGUAACUUUAGUCUAGAUUUUCUAUUGGGAGAGGGAUUAUACGGAAAGGUGUUCUUAGGUUGGGUUGAGCAGGACACGCUAGCCCCUUCAACACAAGGUGUUGGAACAGCUGUUGCUAUCAAAAGAGUCAACCAAGAAAGCUUACAAGGACUUGCGGAAUGGCGGGCGGAAGUUGAAUUGCUUUCUAAGUUGCGUCACUGUAAUCUUGUGUCUUUGAUUGGUUAUUGUAAUUAUGAAAAAGAGAUGAUACUUGUGUACGAAUAUGUGCCCAAUGGAACACUUGAUGAUCAUCUCCAUAAGUUCAAUACCCCACUUUCUUGGCUUCAACGACUCAACAUAUGCAUAGGUGCUUGUCGUGGGUUACACUACCUGCAUACUGGUACAGGAGUUCAGUCUGGUGUUAUACAUCGUGAUGUUAAGAGUUCUAAUAUUUUGUUACAUGAAAGUUGGACAUGCAAAAUUUCAGAUUUUGGGUUGUCAAAAGCAUGCCCAACAGAUCAACCAUCUACCCAUGUCAGUACGCGUAUCAAAGGCACGUUUGGGUACUUAGAUCCAAAUUAUUACGCAACUGGAAGGCUGACAAGGAAAUCUGAUGUGUACGCUUUUGGGGUGGUGUUGUUGGAGGUAUUGUGUAGGAAGCAUGCAGUGGAUGGAAGUCUUGAUGAGGAGCAAUGGAGUUUAGCAACAUGGGCUCAAGAUUCCAUCAAAGAAGGGAAAUUAAAGGAUAUAAUUGAUUCAGAUAUAAAGGAGAUGUUUGAAUAA